AUGACAAGCACGUAUGGCUCCAGAACCUUUGAUGAAAAGCUGGCCGUAUGUAGGGAGAAUGUGAAGAACUCCAUAAUGUUUAAAGAGUUGAGCGAAAAACUACAAACAUAUUUGAAAGAUGUGGAAAAAAUAAGAUGUCUAGCUAUUGGUAGCUUCAAUGGAGAUCACCAGGCAAGGUAUCAACUAGCAUUGCUUCUGGAGAUAAUUGACCUCGUUUCUUGCGACAAAUCUGCCGUAUCAAUUUAUGAUCCUGUUUUUAAUGACGAAGACAUAAAGUUUAUCCAAGAUGAGGGUUGGUCGCUUGAAGAAAAUAUAAGUGUGGCCAAAGACUACUGCCAGGAUACUUUAUUCUUCCUGCCACAUGCCCCAUUGGACUUGACAGAAAAAAUACUGGCGGACGAGAAACCUAAAUUCUGGUUGGCAAAUCAUAUAGUCAUUCACACCGAUCGAUAUACAAAGGUCCAAUUGCACGAUGCAUAUCCGAUGAUAAGUAAACUCGUUCAUGUUUGUGAACAGAAUCAAACGACACAAUCAACAGCCUCUGAUGAGCAGGAAUUUACUACCUUCGUGCCGAAAAGGAAGAGAAGGUAUAACAAUAAAUACAAGUACAAAGAGCCAGAAAUUGAAUAUAGCUCUAUAAAAACCUACUUUAAGGAAUGCAUUGUGGUAACAGAUUUCAAUAAAGGAGCACUGCUCAGGAAACAACCGUGGGUUAAUUCUUUUUCUGAUCUAGCAUUUCAGUUAAUUCUGUGA